GACAUUUUACAUUGUCAUUCAUACAUUUUGAUGGUGUUUUUCGCCAUAAACAUCUUUUUCACUUCUUAACAGUUUAUUAUUAUCAAAGUGUAAAACGUAAUUAAACUAAAAGUCGUCGGGAGUGACUUAAUGUGAAAUCAAAUACGAACUUCUGAUGCCAUAAAUUUUUUGCAGAACGGAAAAUGUCGCGAGAAAGCAGUGUAAACAUAAAAAAUGUCACGGUUUUCGGAGGUGGUGUUAUGGGUUCCGGUAUUGCAUUUGUUGUAGCUGCUGCUGGUUAUAAUGUAACAUUGACCGAGGUGUCGCAACAACUAGCUGAACAAUCCAAGAAAAAUGUGAUGAAAACGGCUGAACGUGUUGCACGGAAGAAAUUCGCUAAUGACGAAAAACUCAAACAGAACUAUGUUCAGGAUACGAUGUCUAGAAUCGACACAUCUUUUAACUAUGAGAAAUCGGUCAAAAAUGCUGACUUGGUUAUAGAAGCGAUUGUAGAAGAUUUGGGAGCCAAACAUAAAUUGUUUUCCCUUAUCGACAAAGUAGCACCUCAGCACACUAUUUUCACGUCCAACACUUCAUCUUUACUAAUAAAGGAAAUAGCUUCGGUUACAACUCGUCUUGACCGUUUCGGUGGAUUGCACUUCUUCAAUCCGGUCCCAGUCAUGAAACUGUUGGAAAUCAUCAGCACAGAUGAAUCGUCGUCUGCUACGAAUGAUACAUUGAAAAUGUUUGGAAAAUCAAUUGGAAAAACUUGUGUCAGUUGCAAGGACGCUCCUGGUUUCAUCGUCAAUCGAUUACUGAUUCCGUACAGCUCCGAAGCAAUUAAAUUGUUGGAAGAAGGUGUUGCUACUGCUGAAGACAUUGAUGUGGCUAUGAAACUGGGUGCUGGGUAUCCGAUGGGCCCGUUCGAAUUAGCUGACUUAGUUGGAUUGGAUGUUAUGUCAAAUAUACGAAAAGGAUGGUGUGCGAGAUUUCCAACAAAAUAUCAGCCGAGUAAAUUGGUGGAUAAAAUGGUUAGUGAAGGGAAACUCGGUAUUAAGACAGGCGAAGGUUUUUACAAGUACAAUAUGUAACGGCGUUUAAGUGGAAAGGUAUGAAUGAUUCGUCGGAACGGGAUUUGUUAUACUUAGUGUUUGGGAUUUUUUUCGGUUGGAUAGACAACAUUACAUUUUGGAAUAAAAAUAUUUGCAAUU